AUGGCAGAUCCUCUCGGCAUGACUGCCUCCUUGAUAACAGUUAUUACAGCUGCUAUUGAUUCGACGCAGUCGCUCUACCAAACUGUCAAAGGCUUCAAAGAGCGCAACAGAUCGCUGCGCAGGCUUCAAAAUGAGCUUGAGGAUCUCGUCGAUAUUUUGGGCUCAUUGGCAGAAGUGACCAGUGCUGAGACAACAAUGUUUGAGCUUCUUCAAAGUCCUAUUUACCGAUGCGGCCAAGUCUGUGGAGAAUUCAAACACUCGUUGGAAGCUUUCAGUCAGAAAUCAAAGACGGGUAUUCGAGAUUGGGCAAAAAUGGAAUAUAUGAGAGGCGAUAUGAAUGACUUCAUAAAUGUUGUCGCAGGAUAUAAGUCGACGAUAUCAAUCGGUUUAUGCACUAUUUCCAUGUCAGAAUACCAAGACGCCCCCCCCCAAGCCCUCCAAAACUAUAAUGAACUGAUCCAGGACACGACAUAUAAUCUUGAGAUCAAUUUACAACGAGUUGAGGAGAAAAUGUCGCUUAUUAUUAUCGGCAGCGCAAAUAUCUCGCACACCAGCAUUGAUACUAAUGAUGAGAAGGAGGUGACCAAAGAGUGCAUUCGUAUCUGUGAAGACAUGAGGUCUUGCAUUGAAUCUCGAGCAAACUGCGGAUCCUUUCUACUGCAAGACCAGCCCCAAAACGCUACUGAAGACAAUAUGCAGACUUGCUUUGAAGCGCAGGCGCUUACGCGUCAAGUGCUAGAGGAAAACCGCGUUAGCUUCACACAGAUCAUCGGUCGCCUUCAGAAACGCUUAGAGUCUUUACCUCAAAACAAAAACCCUGGAAAUGACAAUGAGAGGGUACGGUUACAGCAUGAUUUCGAUAAUUUGAAGCAGUGCCUAGAGAACUAG